GGGCGGACUGGGUCAGAACCCUACUGUGACCUCCAGGCGUCACUUGUGGGUGACUGCCGCGAAGAGGGGCUCUCGUGGGCUGUGAGCUGAGAUUCAUCUCGCUCACCAUUCCCUCCUUUAAGGAGUCCGGCGCAUAGCCUCUAGACCACCGUCUGAGAGCCUUGUGCCAUUGGAGCGAGGUCCUUGUCGCUCAAGUUGCUGUGCAAGGAUAGCGCAGCUUGCGUAGCGGACCCAGGACAGACCCGGUUUGAUCUCUUGACUCGUGGGUAAUGCAUCCGAAGCCUUCCGCCUCGACCUGACCACCUGUUUCCUGCCUUCCAUUACAGAGCUCUGUCUGCAUCGAGCUGCUUGCUCCCUUCUGACGGUGAGUUACAGAGAAACACCCUGGUCCUGCCACAGUGACAGCAUGGCGGCUGCAAGAGCUGAAGCAAAGGAACAUGAAAACUCUCAUAACAACCGCCUUAUCCAACUUGCAAAUCCACAUGUAGCAGCAAUGAAGGAAGAUAUUCUCUAUCAUUUCAAUCUCAGCACUAGCACAUGUGAUUUCCCAGCUAUGUUUGGAGAUGUGAAGUUUGUGUGUGUUGGUGGGAGCCCCUCCCGGAUGAAGAAAUUUAUCAGAUACAUUGCCGUAGAGCUGGGCCUUGACCAUCCAGGAGAAGAGUACCCCAAUAUCUGUGUAGGCACUGACCGCUUUGCCAUGUACAAAGUUGGACCAGUGCUGUCUGUGAGUCAUGGGAUGGGCGUUCCUUCCAUUGCAAUCAUGUUGCAUGAGCUCAUCAAGUUGCUGUACCAUGCCAAGUGUUCCAACGUCAGCGUCAUCCGUAUCGGCACUUCUGGUGGCAUAGGUCUGGAGCCUGGCUCUGUAGUCAUCACCCGGCAGGCAGUGGAUGCCUGCUUCAAGCCAGAGUUUGAGCAGAUUGUCCUGGGGAAGCGGGUUGUUCGAAACACGGACAUGGAUGAGCAGUUGGUGCAGGAAUUGAUGCAGUGUUCUGCAGACCUGAAGGAAUUCACCACAGUGGUGGGGAACACCAUAUGUUCCUUGGACUUCUAUGAGGGUCAAGGCCGUCUGGACGGUGCCAUCUGUUUCUAUACGGAGAAGGACAAGCAGGCCUAUCUACAAGCGGCCCAGGCUGCAGGCAUCCGGAACAUCGAGAUGGAAUCUUCAGUCUUUGCCUCCAUGUGCAGAACAUGUGGUCUCCGAGCGGCCGUGGUGUGUGUCACCUAUCUGGACCGCCUGAAAGGGGACCAGAUCACCAGCCCCCACGAGGUGCUUGCUGAGUACGAGCAGAGGCCGCAGCGACUGGUGAGCCACUUCAUCAAGAAAAGUCUGGGAAAGGUCUAAGGUCCUUCCCUUCCCUUCGAAGCACAAGCUCCUGCAAUUAUUGGACAAUAAAACCGUUGUCCAAAAUCCUCUUCUAACUUGGAGUAUGCUUUACAUAAGGAUUAGGGAAUUGGACUGCAAUUAGGAGGUAAGGAAUCAUGGAUUAACUACACACAGAUUUUAUUAAAAUUUUGUAACAGCAUUUUUAAAGGUGUUUUCCUGCUUUGGAGUUUCCCCCCACCCCCAUACUCAUGAAUGUUUGAGUUCUUUCUGGGGAAAAUUUUUAGACUUGUUAAAGUUUUUUAUAAUUGUAGAUGGUCAGAAUGCCUUUAUAUCAUUUGUUAUUUUUUAUGUGGUGCUGAAGAUUGAACCCCAUGCCUCACGCAUGCUAGGCAAGUGCUUUGCCACUAAGCUACAGCUACAGCCCCUCUGAUGUAUUUUUAAACUUCAGUUCAGUUGUCUCUUGAUACCUCAUACCAAAAUCCAUGGAUGCUCAAGUGCCUUAUAUAAAAUGGUGUAGCAUUCGCAUAUAACCUAUGCAAACCUUCCAUAUAUUUAAAUCAUCUCUAGGUUACUUACAUUUACUACAAUAUAAAUGCUAUGUAAAUAGUUAUAUUGUGUUGCUUAGGAAGUAAUACCAGAAAAGCAUUUUCAUUACAAAUUUUUUUUCCUGAAUUAUUUUCAGUUCUUUGUUGGUUGAAUCCUGGGGUGCAGAAGCAGGGAUAAGUGGGGACUGCUCACCACUUGUAAGGAGAGACUACUGAAAACCAAAGAGCAGAUGCAAGGGAUUGAGAAAUAAAUGCAUAUAUACAUGAGUACAGAUGCAGUUUCCAAGUUCCAUUUAGGCAGAUUUCUGGAAGCUUCUACAUUGGCCUGGGCUAUGUCUGCUCCAGUGAAGGCUGAUGCCCUCAACUUCUCACCCCAGCACAAGCCCAGGAGCUAGAUUUACAUCCUUUGUUCUCAGGCCACCCUCAUGUGCUUCCCUGUCUUCCAAUUCCUAAGUGCCCCCAGAUUUCAACUCGAUAUCACAAUGCCCUUUGGGUGCAAAACAAUGUGGCCAGAAAACCAGGUAAUGUCCAUGUGGUGGCUCCCUGCAGUCUCAAAUCACACUGACCCAUUCUACUAUGUAGCUCCUGCCACCUGCUGUCUGGGCUAGAUUCCAGUGUCCUGUAGAUGGCCCUUAUUCCUUUAUAUUUCACCAGUCACCUGGGCUGGGCUGAGGAUGCAGAUGGGGUAGAAACACCCCAACACUUAGGGGACCUGCAGGCUAGUCUUUUCACACCUCAGUCCAUGCAGGUGUAGCCAGAGGUCCCCUUGCCCAUCUUCCACCACUUCCUGAGAGAAUAUCUUUGAUAAAGCAGAAAAAAAAAAAAAAUCUAAAAAAAACAACAAAAAAAAAUGCAAACAACCUGUUAAUAGAGGUGAUUUAAGACAAAAGAGGAAGAUAUUAUUAGAAAGGGAAGGGUCGGGGAGUCAUUGCAGAACAUGUUGACUGAGCACUUUCCUCUGGAAUGGGGCCGAUUUACAGUGACUUCUGUAAUGAGGUUUCCUUCCUGGGUCAGCAUGUCUCCCAUUCCUAACAUGUGUUAAUGGCCCAAGGCAGAAUGCUGAGAUAGGGAGCCAACUCCCAGCACAGGGGAAAAGGCCACUGCACACCCUAUCACUUGCUUUUAUUCUUGUUUUGAAGAUUCAUUUCUUUUCUUUUCUUCUUUUUUUUUUUUUGCAUUGAAGAUUCAUUUCUAAUAGUAGAAACAGUAUUGAAAAAUUGAAGUAGGUGCAUUAACACAAUACUAUUUCAGCUUAUCAUGCUAAACGAAAUAAGCCAAUCCCACAAAACCAAAGGCCAAAUGUUUUCCUCUACUAUGCAGAUGAUAAUUUACAAUAACGGGUCGGGGGCAUUAGGGAAGAAUAGCAUUACCUUAGAUUAGGUAGAGGAAAGUGAUGGGAGAGGAGGGGAGGGGAAUUGGGGUUAGGAAAGAUAGUAGAAUGAAACAGAUAUUAUUACUAUCUAUAUAUAUAUAUAUAUGUGACUGAAUGACCAAUAUGAUUCUGUAACAUGUACACUCAGAAAAAUGAGAAAUUAUAUCUAUCUAUGUAUAUCAAAGUACAUAAAUGCAUUCUAUUGUCAUGUAUAACUAAUUAAAAUAAACAAAUAAAUAUAUUAUUUAUACCAAA